UUUUUAUAAUGUAUAUACAUUUUGUUACUGCUCUGUUUAUUAAGAACAUUCAACACUCUAUUUGUAGAAUAUGCUAACAUUUUUAAUUUUAGUUUAUAAAUAAAAUAACUAAAAUGGUUGAGACAGAGGUUGUUCGUAAGAAGCCUGAAAUGGUUUUGGAUGAGUUGGAUAUGCCAUAUGAAGAAGAAAUUUUGCGACAUCCCUACUCUGUAAAGUGCUGGUUAAGAUAUAUUGAACAUAAAAUUGGAAAUGGAGGAAAAGAUCAUGUUGUGAAUUUGAUCUAUGAAAGAGCACUUAAAGAAUUACCUGGAAGUUAUAAGUUGUGGUACAAUUAUUUGAGACUGAGAAGGAAGCAAACCAAGGGAAAAUGUAUUACAGAUCCAAUUUAUGCAGAUGCAAAUAAUGCUCAUGAAAGAGCUCUGGUCUUCAUGCAUAAGAUGCCGCGCAUAUGGCUAGAUUACUGUCAAUUUCUUAUUGAUCAGUGCUUUGUUACUCGAACACGUCAUGCUUUUGAUCGUGCAUUAAGAGCCUUACCUAUUACCCAGCAUUCAAGAAUAUGGCCAAAAUACUUGGCAUUUGUCAACAAGCACAACAUUCCAGAAACAGCUGUUAGAGUUUACCGAAGAUAUAUUAAGGUCGAACCUGAAAAUACUGAAGCUUAUAUUGAUUAUUUAAUGGAAAUUGGAUGGUUGGAUGAAGCUGCGUCCAAACUAGCUUUUAUUAUUAACCAGGAUAAUUUUGUUUCUAAGAAAGGAAAAUCAAAUCACCAGUUGUGGCAUGAACUCUGUGAACUUAUUUCAAAAAAUCCUGAAGAGGUCAAGAGUUUAAAGGUUGCAGAUAUUAUAAAUGGUGCGUUGCGACGUUUUACUGAUGGCCUUGGACAACUAUGGUGUUCACUUGCUGAUUAUUACACUCGAGGAAGUCAUUUUGAAAGAGCAAGAGAUGUUUAUGAAGAAGCUAUUCAAACAGUAAUGACAGUCAGAGAUUUUGGAGAGGUGUUCGAUGCAUAUGCUCAAUUUGAAGAAAGUAUGAUAAGUGCAAAAAUGCAGGAAUCAGAAGAAAUAGGUCUUGAUGAAGAUGGUGAAGUAGAUCUGGAGUUGAGACUUGCUAGGUUUGAAUUAUUAAUGGACAGAAGACCUCUUCUUUUAAAUAGUGUUUUACUUCGACAAAACCCACAUAAUGUUCAUGAAUGGCAUAAACGUGUUCAACUAUAUGAAGAUAAGCCUCAUGAAAUCAUAAAUACUUACUCUGAGGCUGUCCAAACUGUUGAUCCAAUGAUUGCUACUGGAAAACCUCAUACAUUGUGGGUAGAGUUUGCUAAGUUUUAUGAAAAACAUGGGCAGAUUAAAGAAACCAGAAUAGUGUUUGAGAAAUCGCUUAAGGUAAAAUAUAGACAUGUCGAAGACUUAGCAAAUGUUUGGUGUGAAUAUGCAGAAAUGGAAAUACGAAAUAAUAACAGUGAUGAAGCUUUAAAGGUACUUCGUAGAGCAACUUCCGUUCCCCGAAAGAAAAUAGGCACUAAUUUUUAUGAUACAAAAGAAUCUGUUCAAAAUCGUGUACAUAAAUCAAUUAAAAUUUGGUGCAUGUAUGCUGACAUGGAAGAAAGUUUGGGAACCUUUCAGUCAACAAAAGCUGUUUACAAUCGCAUAAUCGAUCUACGGAUUGCAACACCACAAGUUAUCAUUAAUUUUGCUAGCUUAUUGGAAGAAAACAAUUAUUUUGAAGAGUCCUUCAAAGCAUAUGAACGAGGCAUAGCGCUAUUCAAAUGGCCACAUGUGUAUGAUAUAUGGAAUACUUAUUUAACAAAAUUCAUCGCAAGAUAUGGAGGUAAUAAACUUGAGAGAGCAAGAGAUCUAUUUGAACAAUGUCUUGAAAAUUGUCCUGAAAAGUUUGCAAAAAAUCUUUACCUUUUAUAUGCGAAGCUUGAAGAAGACUUUGGUUUGUCUCGACAUGCUAUGGCAGUUUAUGAAAGAGCAACUAAGGCUGUUCCUAAAUCUGAACAAUUUGAGAUUUUUAAUAUUUACAUUAAACGGGCAGCUGAAUUAUUUGGAAUAACCCAUACACGAACUAUAUAUGAAAAAGCUAUUGAAGCACUCUCAGAUGAGCAUGCUAGAACUAUUUGUUUACGCUAUGCUGAUCUUGAAACAAAACUUGGUGAAAUAGAUCGAGCUCGUGCUAUAUAUAGUUUUGGUUCUCAAAUGUGUGAUCCAAGGAUUGCAGCAAAUUUCUGGAAAGCCUGGCAUGAUUUUGAAGUCAAACACGGAAAUGAGGAUACUUUUAGAGAAAUGUUGAGAAUCAAAAGAAGCGUGCAAGCACAAUACAAUACCCAGGUCAACUUUAUGUCUGCACAAAUCCUUGCGUCUCAAGCAAUUUCAGAAGCUGAUUCUAAAAAUGUUAUGGAAAAGUUAGAAGAACAAGCUAAUGCACUUGCUGAAGAAGCUGCUAAGGAUGCACCUUCUUCUAUAGUAACACAAAAAAGUGUACUGUUUGUGCGAGGUGAAACUAACACAACAGAAUAUGAACAAUCAAAAAAUCCAGAUGAGAUUGACAUUGCUGAAGCUAGCUCUGAAGAUGAUGGUGAUGAAGAUGAUAUACAAUUAAUGCAAAGGGAAGUUCCAGAGGAGGUAUUUGGUGGCGUCAUGAGGAACUCUUCAGCUUCAUAAUUUUUUUAAAUAUUUUACAAUUAUAAAAUAUAUUUAAUUUAGAGCAGAGUUAUGAUUGCUUAUUUGAAGUAAUAAACAUGUUGAUAAUAAGUAAUAAAUUAAUAAAUAGUAGUAAACAUGAAA